AUGAUUGAUGAAGAUCGCCAAAACCUCUCGUUGUACUUGUCUGAUGAUGCCACAUUAGAAUGGUUUGGCCGGACAAUCAAAACUAGAAAAAAAGUUACAGCAUUUCUUAGAUAUGAUAUGCAGUGUUCUAGGCAUGAUUUUAGAACAGUGGAAAGCAUAGAGUCAAUUCCACCUAGAAGAGAAAUAUUAUCAAGGAAGGAUGAUGCGGAUCUUGCUAGUCCAUUCAAUUCUCCUGAAACUUGUGGCACUGUGAAGGAAAAACGGGGCAAAAAACGUCAAUUGAGGUCUAAAUGUAAUAGUCCAGAAUGGGCAGAAAAUUGUGGGCCUGAGGGUGAAUUAAAAGACUCCGAAAGAAAAAUAUUGAGAAAUAAUAGUAUGCACUUGUUAAGUAAUGGUAAUAAAAUUGAUGUCAAAUUUGGUAAUGAUAUCAAAGAGAUUUUACCUGCUAAUGUAGUAUCUAAUUUUAAUAAUAAAGGUGACUGUACAUUAAAUAAACGAGCAACUAAACGUAAGUGUUUUACCAUGACACCUCCUAACCUGGAAGUGGGUCAAGGUGAUUGUCUUCCCUCUACUAGCGGUACAGACUCUGAUAAGUCACAUGAUACAUUGAAUGCUCAAUUGCCAAAGCUAGCAGUCGAAUGUAAUGGUUACAUAGAGUUUACUCGUACUAGAAAUAACCGUAGUAUAGACUCAGUUAAAUGGGAGAGAAAGUGUAAAUUUCAAAUAUCCUAUUCAGAAGAUCCUCUUAACGUUGGGGAGUAUAUAAUUUGGAGUAUAAGGUAUCAUGAUGAGAGUAAAUGUAGACGAAAUCUCCUGGCAGCAUUUGAAGAAGUUGCUAGAGAAGAAGAGUUUAAAAAGUUGUUAUAA